AUGGCCCCCAGCGUCACAUUGCGGCCUCCACAGCCUUCAGUCAUAGGCAGAGCCACGCCUACCUCGCCUGACGGUCAGCCAGCCCGUACCAACAGCCCUCGACGUCCCGAGCUGCGCCUCACUAUCGACUCGCCUCGCUCAACCUCUCCCCUUGUCGGCGCCGCUCCAAGUCCACGCGGCCCUCGCGCAUCACCGGGAACCAUUGCAUCCGCUGGGGUUUUGUCUCCUCGUCUCGCCGGUGAAAGCACGCUUCGCCCCUCUUCUAAGGGAGAGGGCGGUAGCGCUACCUUGACUCCCUCUGGCAUUCAGCGUAGCAGCUCCUUUGCUCGACGAGGAGACAACGAAUGGGCUUUGCGUCCUCCGCCUGAGCAGCUUUACGAGAACCUGGACGACUUCUUUCCGCGUCACGACUUGGACAAGCCUGUGCUCGACUUGACCUCAGGAGCGCCUGGAGCAGCAGGCGCUGGAGGAGCAGCGGCGAGCCCUACGCGAGCAGCAUCCCCCUCGCAUGCCUCUUCGCCUACGAGUGCCAACGCCCUUGCACGCCACAAGAAGUCCAUUCGUCGCGUAGCGCAAGAUCGUGUACGGGGAGCGGGGCUCGGCGGGCUGGCCAUGACAUCUGCGGUCGGUCCUGCCGCGUCGUCUUCUUCAGCUGCUCAAGCUCCCCCUCGCGCAAGCUCAGACCUGGCGCGUCGUCCCAGCACCAAGCUGUGGGGCACCAAGCUUCUGGAAGUCACACCAGGCCACGAGCAGUCCGCCAGUGGCAGCUCUUCUGCCUCUUCCUCGUCGUCUUCCUCCGCGUCAUCCUCCAAUCGCCCGGUCUUCAAGUGGGUCAAGGGAGAUCUCAUCGGCAAGGGUACAUAUGGGCGAGUCUACAUUGCCCUCAAUGCGACGACGGGGGAGAUGAUUGCAGUGAAGCAGGUCGAGCUGCCAACUACCGAGCACGAUAGAUGUGACGCUCGUCAACGGGAUGUCGUUGCCGCCUUGAAGAGCGAAAUCUCCACCCUGAAAGACCUGGACCACCCGCACAUUGUGUCCUACCUGGGCUUCGAGGAGACCCCCGAGUUCCUCCACUUGUUCCUCGAGUACGUCCCCGGUGGCUCGAUCGCUUCUGUACUACGCAAGUACGGCAAGCUUGAAGAGGGGAUCAUCAAAUACUUCGUUCAUCAAGUCCUCUCUGGUUUGUCCUACUUGCACGAACGUGGCGUCCUCCACCGCGACCUCAAGGGCGACAAUCUCCUAGUCAAUCUGGACGGUACGGUCAAGAUCAGCGACUUUGGUACCAUGAGGAAGAGUGAUGACAUCUACGCCGACGUGGCUGGUAUGUCUCUCCAAGGCUCGGUAUUCUGGAUGGCUCCUGAGGUGGUCCUCCUCACCAAGAAGGGGUACAGCGCCAAGGUGGACAUCUGGUCUCUAGGCUGCGUGACGCUGGAGAUGUUCGCUGGUCGAAGACCAUGGAGCGACGAUGAAGCUGUUCAGGCCAUGUUCAAAAUCGGAAAGGAGGGGCGUGCCCCACCUGUCCCGCCUGACGUGAGGCUGAGCAGGGAGGCAGCGCAUUUCCUGCGCAACUGCUUCUUCAUUGAUCCGAAUGACCGGCCUACUGCGGCUAGAUUGCUCGAUCACGUCUUCCCGGAUGUGCCUGGGGGAUGGUCGUUUGAGGAGACAAGGCUGUGGCGAAUGAUGCAGAGGAGUUUGCAAAAUCGGGCGGCGGGAGCGAGGUAG